AUGGCCGAUGGGACGGAGACUGUCAAGGGCAGACGCAGACUGCCGUUCUUCCGCAGUACCCGACCCGAUCGGCCCAUUGCACGUCGUCGUGAAUCAACCGUCCAUUGGCACCGAGGAAUACGUUCAUUCCUUUAUCUGAUCGCUUGGAUCUUUUUGGUGCUGGUCGAGAUCGGAAAUCUCUAUAAUAAACCUGUACUACGUGAUACUUACUUCCUUUACUUGGACCUCUCCAACAUUAUCCCGGUCUCGGUACCCAAUUCCGUCCUUAUCAACUCCAUUGCCCGAUCAAUUGGCCUCCACGAUUUCUACCAGGUUGGAUUGUGGAACUUUUGUGAGGGAUAUGAUGAUGAGGGUAUCACGCAUUGCUCCAAGCCGGAGACCUUGUACGCCUUUAACCCGGUGAAAAUCCUUCUCAAUGAACUCUUGUCUGGAGCUAGUACAUCACCAGCCCCCCUCAAUCUUGCCAGAGUCGCGUCACGAUGGAUGUUCGGCAUUUUCUUGGCUGCUGCGGUUCUCAAUUUUAUUAUGAUCUUCCUCAGCCCCUUGGCGGUCUCCUCUCGUCCGCCACAGGCUAUUAAAUACCUGGUGGGGAAGGAUGGCCAGAUCGUCGACACAGUCACCAACGGGGACGCCGCUGACGCUCCACAGGGCGGCCGACUGCCCCACCGACGGCGGACAUUUUUUCUGCUUCGGUCAUUCCCAUUUCUUAUCCUGACAUUUUUCACCGCCCUCCUAACUAUUGUUGGAUCCGUCGUUGCGACUGUUAUGUUUGUCAUUUUCGCCAACGUUUUCGAAAAUGCGGAUGAGAGCUUGAAUAUUAAGGCCCAUGUUGGCACCCAGAUGUUCGCUUUUAUGUGGGUUGCUUCGGCGUUCAGUCUCUUUGGCUUUGUCGUGCAAUUCGGCUCCUGCUGUGCCGCCUGUUGCGGUGGCCACAAGGCCCGCAAGAAGUUGAAGCAGGAUGGUGUCAAUAUCCAUGAGAAGAACGCUUUUGUGAAGAGACGCUCAAGUUCGCAUGAACGUCCACAAGAGCCCGUGGAGCCUCAUGCAGUGUCCACCGAAUACUGA